CUGCCUCUGUCACCAAACCUAUUUCUAGGUUUCACGUGUUAGAAAUCCCCAAUUGCUUUGUCAAAAUUGUUGUCUACCUCUAUUUUUUUCAAAACUAUGUUAACAGUUCACACAUAAUAACGAGGAUUGGAAUCCGUCACAAUUUGCCAGUCGUUGACAAGAUUUUCAAAAUUCUAGGUCCCUUGUAAUUUACGCCGUUUUAUUCCUCAACAUUUAGGUUUUGGGAAGCCUAAGUUCCUUGUUAUUGAGUUAACUUUGUGGGGUUUUUAGUUGCUUGUUGUUUUUAAGGUGUAUGUUUGAAAUGUAUUUUCAACUCUAUAUGUAGUUUCAGUUUUGGUUUUUUGGUGGAUUGGAAUUUUCUUUGGGGUUUGGAUGCGUAGCUUUGAGGUAUGGGAACGCCGGCCUUUAAGUUGUUGUUCAUGGAUCCGGAUUCUCUAUAGUGUGAAGACUGUAGAAAAUGAGUUACAGAGAUGGAUACGAUGGUGUUAGAUUAAUAAUUAAUAUUUAAUAUGUAUCGAGAUUGUAAAAGGACUUUAAAUCAGCUCAACGAAGUGCAAUCAGGAAAUACGAAGUAUGCAUAUGCAUACUGAUAUUGGAUAUCUAAUAUUUUGCCUGUGCAGUCUUUUUUAUUUUUGCCUAAAGAGCUGAAGUUUUAUUUUGUUCUUUUAACUAUUUUUAGAGCAGUUGCGUAUCCCGGCUUGGGCAUGGGCUUAAAACUUACCGUUCUCAAAAAUCUGCUGUUGUGAUAUUACAACUUACAGACUUCGAGAGUGCUGGUGAAUAUGGAAGCGGCGUCUCAUGCAAAUUUUUACACAGAGGAGCUCUAGCAUUGGUUAAAUUUUUCAAGAAGUUUGAUUUCCAACCCAAGUAUGGAAUACCCUUUUUCCUCCAAGGAAAGAGAAAUUGGCGAUUGGCAAUCUUCCGGAACUCAGUUGGUGGGAUCAACAUCAUUAGAUAGCAGAAUGAACAAUUCAAUAUCAGAGGAUAUGCCCAAUAGCUUCUCAGAGCUCAUGAACUUUGAUACUUAUGCUGGUCUGUGCAACAGCCCAUCCAUAUCUGAUCAGAUUUUGGCUAAUGAGCUUCCGUCCUUUGCUUCAUUACCAUAUUCAUUGCCUGAUGGAUUCAACCUAGUCCAACAGAACAAUGGGCAAUGCUAUAUGUCAGGAGUUGGUAGAAAUGACAACGAUAUGGAAAGCUCCCCCAUUUAUGGGGAGAAAGUUGUCUGUCAGCAAGUGGACACCCUUCUUGGUUUCUUAAAUGAUUCAAAUGAAGCAAAUAACUUGAAUUCUAAGCUAAAAAUUAAUGGCUCUUCUCAACAUCUGAAUAACUCUGAGGCAGGAAAUUAUAUAAUGUCCAGGCCACCUGCUUUAUCACUUGAUGAGAGAAUGCUGAGGGCUUUGUCCUUCUUUAAGGAAUCAGCUGGAGGGGGAAUAUUGGCACAAGUUUGGGUACCCAUAAAGAAUGGCGAUCAAUUCAUCUUAAGCACGAGUGAACAACCUUAUUUGCUAGAUCAAAUGCUAGCAGGGUACCGUGAAGUGUCCAGGACAUUUACAUUUUCUGCAGAAGGAAAAUCUGGUUGUUUCCUAGGACUUCCUGGUCGUGUAUUUACCUCCAAAGUUCAUGAGUGGACGUCAAAUGUUGGUUAUUACAGUAUGAAUGAGUACCUAAGGUUCGAGCAUGCAAUUAAUCACCAUGUUCGUGGAUCAAUUGCAUUUCCCAUUUUUGAUGUGCACUCGGAAUUGUUGUGUUGUGCUGUACUGGAAAUUGUCACUACAAAGGAAAAGCCAGAUUUCAACAGAGAAAUUGAAAUUGUUUGCCGUGCACUCCAGCUUGUAAAUUUAAGCACUGCCAAGCCUCUUCGAUGUCUUCCCCAGUGUCUUUCAAACAACAAAAAGGCUACUUUGACUGAGAUAGUUGAUGUGUUACGUUCUGUCUGUCAUGCACAUAGAUUACCACUGGCACUGACAUGGCUUCCCUGUUGUUACACUGAGGGAUCAAGAGGUGAAGUUACUAGGAUACGAACUAAAGGGUGCCAUUCAACUAUUAGUGGAAAAAACAUACUCUGCCUUGAAGAAUCUGCUUGCUAUAUAACUGAUAGAGCACUGGCAGGAUUUGUCCGUGCAUGCACAGAACAUCAUAUUGAGGAAGGGAAAGGUAUAGCUGGGAAAGCUCUUCGAUCAAAUCAUCCUUUCUUUUGUCCUGAUGUGAAGGAAUAUGAUAUUAGUGAAUAUCCACUUGUCCAUCAUGCACGCAAGUAUAAUUUGAAUGCUGUAGUUGCAAUUAGGCUAAGGAGUACUUAUACUAAUCAUGAUGAUUACAUAUUGGAAUUCUUUCUGCCUGUUAACAUGAGAGGGGGUUUAGAGCAGCAACUUUUAUUAGACAACCUCUCAGGUACAAUGCAGAGAAUUUGUAGUAGUUUGAGGACGGUGUCAGAUGCUGAAUUAUCAAGAAUAGAAAGUUCACCAGAAGGAUUUGAAAAGACAAAUGCCCCCUAUUUUCCUCCUUUGUCAUGUCAAAACUCUGGAGUACCAUUAAUAAAUGGUGAAUAUCAUUCUGUUCCAAUGAUGUCAUCGACUCCAACAAAAGCAGGAGGCAAUGAAAUUGAGCCUUCUGCUAAUCAGGGAAGAUAUGGAGCAAAAAGACAGGUCCAGAAAAAUAAAAGUACAUCAGAGAAGAAUGUUAGCUUGAGUGUUCUCCAACAAUACUUUUCUGGUAGUCUGAAGGAUGCUGCAAAAAACAUCGGUGUUUGCCCGACAACUCUGAAAAGGAUAUGUAGGCAACAUGGAAUUUCAAGGUGGCCAUCCCGCAAGAUUAAUAAAGUGAAUCGAUCACUGAAGAAGAUACAGACUGUGCUGGACUCUGUACGAGGAGUGGAGGGAGGGUUGAAGUUUGAUUCCUCUAUGGGGGCAUUCGUGGCAAGAGGAUCAAUCAUCCAGGAAACUGAUGCACAUAAAAGUCUUCUGUUUCCUGAGAAAAAUAUUAUAAAAGACCCUGCACAUAUUACACAAGAAGCAGUCCCGGUACCUCGUGCACCUUGUAAUGAAGUUGAGGAAGAAUUGAAGAAAACCAAUGCUUUUUCCGUUGGUUGUUGUGAAGAUUCAAAAUCAAUGGCAAUUGAUGAUGGGUCAUGCGAAAUGGAAAGCCUUUGCACCAAGGUGCAGGAUUGUCCUGAACAAGCUUGUUUGGGCUCUGUUCUUCCAGAAGAACAGGAUAAAUGGACUGGGAACAAGAGUGGUUUGAGAGUAGAAAACUGUAAAUGCAGUAUUCUUGGUCAGAGUUCAAAUUCCUUGAUUGGUAAGGAGAUGGACAUUGGUGUAGAUGGGGAUGCUGAGGUUGUUGAACCUAACCACCCCAGUUCCUCAAGCUUGACAGACUCAUCUAAUGACUCUGGUUCAAUGAUGCAUAGCAUUUCAUCAGGUUCUAAGAGCUUUAAGAACCAGAAUCAGUCCAAAGUUAAGUCAACCAUCGUUGAUAGUGGGUCAAAACUAAUUGUCAAAGCUAUCUAUAGAGAAGACACCAUUCGUUUCAAGUUCGACCCAUCUGCUGGUUGUUUCAGGUUAUAUGAAGAAGUUGCAGCAAGAUUCAAACUACAAACUGGGUCAUUCCAACUCAAAUAUCUAGAUGAUGAAGAGGAAUGGGUAAUGUUGGUGAAUGAUGCUGAUUUGCAAGAGUGUCUAGACGUAUUGGAUGAUAUUGGUACAUGCAGUGUCAGGUUUCUUGUUCGUGAUUUGCCUUCCAUUUUAAGCAGUUCUGGCAGUAGUAAUAGCUACUUGGGAGGCAGCUCAUAGAUGUGGUUGGCGACUUCAAUGUGAAGGUUCAAGUCUCACUUUGACAAGGUGAUGUUAGUUUUUCGGAAUCUUCUAAAGGUUCUGCAUCUUGAGAAGUUUGAAUAUUAGCCACAAGCCACCUACGCCAAGUGCAAAGCUUUUAUGAUCCAAACCUAGUGCAUUGCCAAAUUAUCAUUUCUGAGUAGCUUUUUGGAAGAUAGAAAGGUGCGGUUCAUUGGAAGUAUUGCGUGUUAAAUACAUAGUUCUGUACAUAUCGAACACAUAGCAGCAGAAUAGAAAUUUGUAGUGGUAGUAGCAGUAAUCAGGACUGAGGUAAACAGUAAUGCUGUGAUCGCACUCUGUUAUUGUAAAUAGACAGUAUCUGGAUAGAUUGAUUGAUUCCCCAUGACAUAAUAUAGCUAAAGUAUGGUUGUAUGGACAAAA